AUGUCGUAUGCUCUCCACGCCUUUGAGGUCUCUCCGGAGCACCUAGGAUGGCCUGUGCGGAGGACAAGGCGGUACACAGUGGGAGUCCUGCGCAGGGGCUGGUUCUUUACUGGCGAUGUGACGCGCUUUCUACAGAUCUUUGGGAUGUCCCCGACCUUGCUUGGCUCAGACUUGAUGGUGGCUCCGGAGGGGGACGUGGCCUGCUGGCUGCAAGAGGCUGCCGCCAAGAAGCACAAGGUCAGCGCUGAUGGCCACAUCGAUGCUCGCGCACUCCUGACUCCUGCUCAGAAGCGGCGGCUCAAAAACACAGAGGAGAAGAUGCGCGGGCUUGAAGUGCACAGUUGGGUCUGCGACGUUCAACAGGAAGUGGAUUGGACAAAGACAAACGAUUUUGUUCCAGUGCUCCUUCGCGGAAGCCUUCUUUGGAGCAACACAAAGGAACGCUUGGCUUUGGCGUCUGAGCACCUCCUGUUUCAAGGAGUUCCCUGCUUCCGAAAGCUUGAUGACAAGGUGGCGCCCUGCAACUGGCCACAAAUCAUGUGCGUGAGCAAGCAGAUGGGCUUCAGUGAGCACUGCUGGAAAUCUAUGGCUGGCAAUGCCAUGCACAGAGCAGUUGCUGGGCUGCUUGGCGCAUAUGUCAUCGCCAACUUGCGGCGCAAGGUGAAGCCGCACCCCGCCUCGGGCCUUUCCCUGGGAUCCUUCCUUGUGCCAGAGCCCAAGCCGCCGACAGAUGUACGAG